GUCAGGCCGCCUCCCACUGAUUACGCAAUCACACUUGGACAACACUGCACUUUGGACAAGCUUUUCCUGUUCACUGUGACUCUACAGAAACAAGUUUUGCAGCAUCAUAUGUGCAUAGCUGUUGUUCUCCAGCGACAGAAUGGUAUCUCUGGGCAGUAUGAAGGACAACCAGGUUCUCUUGGCAUUUUCCACAUAUGCCACGAUCGUCGUUGUGAAGAUGAUGCUCAUGUCACUAUGGACCAGUUACUUUCGCCUGACGAGAAAGGUGUUUGCAAACCUGGAAGACACCAAACUAUUUUCCUCAACAGUGGACAAGAAACUUGUCGGUGUAAAUCCUGAUGUGGAGCGAGUCCGCAGGUGUCACCAGAAUGACCUGGAGAACGUUAUUCCCUUCGUGUUGAUUGGCCUGCUCUACGCUCUAACUGGACCUGAGCUCUCAACCGCUUUGCUUCACUUCCGCCUCUUUGCCGGCUCUCGGAUCUUCCACACUAUUGCCUACGUUGGUGCUCUGCCUCAGCCCAGCAGGGGUCUGGGAUUUUUUGUGGGCUUUGGGGUGACCUUGUCAAUGGCUUGGACAGUGUUCAGAACAGCUUUCACUCAUUAAAAUACAUUCUAGACCAAGACUACAAAUGAAUUAAUUCUUACAUUAAUUUGUAUGAAUUCUGCUUUUACAUGUUUUUCAGAAAAACACUGAAUGUCUUCACUCUUUACAAUCAAAGACGAGGUUAACUCCAUGAUCAGUCAUCAUUUUGUUUCAGGUGUGUAACAAUAUUUGACCCAAAAUGCAGGUUAAAGGAACACCAGCAACAGUAUGAAACACAUAAUUGUGAGUAGAUUUAAAGAAAUACAGCAAGGAUUUAAAAAAAAAAAAGUGACAAAAGCGGAUCUGAAGCCACAAUUGGAUGUCCAUAUACUGUUGAACUGUAAAUCUAUUGUCUUAUCAUUUAAAACUUGUGGAAUAUUUAGUUUGGUAAGUGUCCUCGUACUCUCUCUUUUU